GAACAGAAAGAAAUCUACUGAAGCACCAAGCCAGGCACCUUCUGCCAAAUUUGCCACAGAGAAAGCCAACCUCCAAAAAUGCCCUUCAAAGACUACAUUCCUAGAAUUGAUGAUGUUAAAUCAACCAGAACUUGACACGUGUUGAAGUGUUAGAAAACAUCAGUUUUUUGGUGGAGAUGCUGUUUGAGUAUAAAUUAGAGCCUCUAGGCUUCAAAGCCUUCAACUGGUCCUUAACUCUUUGGCUAAAUUAGCUUACUUCAAAGAUCCGAUACAUAUCUCAUUCUUUCUUCUGUCUCCUCUCAUUUACAUCUUUGGAGUUAGAAUUAUAUUUUACUUCCAUUUUUAAACUUCUGCAUUUGAGAGCAUUUUGUUCUUCCUGCUUAAUAUUGAUACAUUCUUCAUUCUCGGAACAUUUGGUUUGCCUUCAGCAUAUUGUCUCCCGCUAAUGGACCUUGCUCGUGGAUUUUUAUUCAUUUGGGUUUUGGCAAUUCUCUGCCUUCAUCAUGAUUCAAGCAAUGUGGACGCAAGAUACCAUUACCACAAGAAGCAGAAAGAGAAAGGCUCCAAUAAAGGGUCUCCUGUUUCUCCAUCCCCUGUUUAUGCUCCUGAUCCCCAGGGGCCUGUUCCUUCUUCCCCGGUUGAUGUUCCUGCUCCUCAAGACCCUGUCCCUUCAACUCCUGCUGAAACUCCUUCUAACACUCCAUCUAUUCCUUCAGACCCCUAUCCAAAUGAUCCUGGGAGUACAAGUUCAGACUGCAUUUUCGACGUGACUUCCUUUGGUGCAGUUGGCGAUGGUUCUUCAGAUGACACCGCAGCAUUCAGGGAAGCAUGGAAAGCUGCCUGUGCGGUAGAGUCAGCCACUAUUCUGGCUCCCUCAGAUAAAGUGUUCAUUAUCACUUCGACUAUUUUCUCAGGGCCAUGCAAACCCGGACUUGUACUCCAAAUUGAUGGAGUCCUGAUGCCACCGGAUGGCCCUGAUUGCUGGCCAAAAGCAGAUAGCCGCAAGCAAUGGCUUGUGUUUUAUCGACUUGAUGACAUGAAACUCACGGGGAAUGGAAUCAUUGAAGGAAAUGGACAGAAGUGGUGGGAACUCCCUUGCAAACCUCACAGGGGUCCAAAUGGUUCAACUCUAUCAGGACCAUGUGACAGCCCUGCUAUGAUCCGGUUCUUCAUGAGUUCCAACUUAGUAGUCAGUGGCAUAAGGAUCCAAAACAGUCCUCAGUUUCACAUGAAAUUCGAUGGGUGUGAAGGGGUUUUGAUAGAAAAGCUGUCCAUAUCUACCCCCAAACUUAGCCCCAACACUGAUGGGAUCCACAUUGAGAACACAAAAUCUGUUGGAAUAUACAACUCAAUGAUAAGCAAUGGGGAUGAUUGCAUUUCGAUUGGUCCUGGGUGCUCAAAUGUGGACAUUGAAGGAGUCACCUGCGGGCCUAGUCACGGGAUCAGCAUUGGGAGCCUUGGGGUGCAUAAUUCCCAGGCCUGUGUUUCCAACGUAACCGUCCGCAACGCCAUCAUAAGGGAAUCAGACAAUGGAGUGAGGAUCAAGACUUGGCAAGGGGGCACGGGUUCUGUAUCAGGCAUAUCGUUUGAGAACAUACAGAUGGAGAAUGUUAGGAACUGCAUAAUCGUAGACCAAUACUACUGCUUGACAAAGGCUUGUCUGAACCAAACCUCAGCUGUUUUUGUCACAGAUGUGCAAUACAGGAACAUCAAAGGCACCUACGAUGUAAGAAACCCUCCAAUCCACUUCGCAUGCAGCGACACGGUGCCCUGCACAAACAUAACGAUGUCAGAAGUUGAGCUUCUGCCGCAAGAAGGAGAGUUGUUGGACGAUCCAUUUUGUUGGAAUGCUUAUGGAGUUGAAGAGACCUUAACUAUACCUCCCAUUGGCUGCUUACAGGAAGGGAUGCCCCAGACCAUCGCAGAGACCUCUCAGUAUGGUUGCUGAGAAGGGUAGAUUUUAGUUUUUCUUUUAUUAAUAUAUAUGUGGAAUACUGUAUAGAGCCCAGUCCAAGGGUAGAGGGGACAUGAUCUGAAAUAUCUGUUAAUGGGUUUGUCCUUUUUACCUUAGGCUUCAUCCCUGUUAGGGUUAUUUUUCCCUUACUGUGUGAUGAGAUGUACUAGUAGAAAUUGCCCAAAUGGGUCUAUAUUUUGUUGGCCCUGGGGUGUAAUGGUUUGGGUUUGUUUUACUCUCUUACAUAUAUAUACUUAUAUAAAGUAUUUUAUCAGUAUUUUUCAGCC